AUGUCAGAGGACCGCGGGUCAGCCGGCGAGGAGGUCCUCAGUUCCCUUUUAGCUGCAGACUUUAUUUGUCUGCGUGUUCACUUGGUGCUGUUUGCUCUGUUGAGUGUGGCGUUGGGAAAGAAGGCCGGAAGCACUCGGAUCUACAGUGGCUGGAAAGGUCCUAGUUCAUCAGGCUCUUCAGGUGGAAACACUGGGUCCACAGGUUCCAGUGGGGGCUUUAGUUCGUCGAAUUCCGGGAGCGGGUUUGUCUCAGGCUCGCGUCCAGUGGCCGGAGGCUUUGGAUCAGGGAGUCUCGGGUCUGGGAGCGCCGGGACUCUCACUUCUGCAGGGGCUUCUGCUGCUUAUUCAGGGGGACUUGGAGGCUUUGGAACUGCGGGAUCGGCUUCAGGGAGCUUCACUUCUUCAGGAACAAACUCAGGGGGCUUCGCGUCUAGUGGGUCUGCGGCAGCGAGCUUCGCGAGCGGAGGAUCAGGAGGAUUCGGGACGGCGGGAUCAGCCUCAGGAAGCUUCGUUUCAGGAGGCCAUGGGGCUGCUUCUGCAGGAUCUGGGUCUGCAGCGUUAGCGUCUGGGGGGUCGGGGGCAGGAGGAUUUGCGGCCUCAGGAUCUGCCUCCGGAGGAUUCGCAUCUGGAGGAGCUGGAUUCGGAGGAUAUGGGUCAGGAGGAUCUGGCUCAGGAGGAUUCGGGUCAGGGGGAUCUGGCUCAGGAGGGUUCGGGUCAGGAGGAUCUGGCUCAGGAGGGUUCGGGUCAGGGGGAUCUAACGCUGGAGGAUUCGGAUCAGGGGGAUCUGGCACUGGAGGAUUCGGGUCAUUGGGAUCUGGCACUGGAGGAUUUGGGUCAUUGGGAUCUGGCACUGGAGGAUUCGGGUCAGGAGGAUCUAACACCGGAGGAUUCGGGUCAGGAGGAUCUAACACCGAAGGAUUCGGGUCAGGAGGAUUCGGUUCUGGAGGCCAUGGUUCGGGAAAUUUCGGGUCAGGAAACUUUGGCUCUGGAGGUUCUGGAUCUGGUGGCUUCGGGUCUGGAGGUUCUGGAUCUGGUGGCUUCGGGUCUGGAGGUUCUGGUGGCCAUGCUUCUGGAGGUUUCGGUGCAGGAGGAGCUACUUCAGGAAACUAUGUGUCUGGGGGGCACGGUUCUGGAAAUUCCGGGUCAGGUGGAUCCUCUUCAGGAAGCUUUGGAGCUGGAGGUUCUGGUUCAGGAAAUUUUGGAUCUGGGGGUUCUGGAGGCCAUGCUUCUGGAAAUUUCGGAUCUGGAGGGUCUUCGUCAGGAGGUUUUGGCUCUGGAGGAUCGGCUUCAGGAAACUUUGGUUACGGAACACACGCAAACCUUGUUGCUGGCGGAUCUUCACCGGGGGCCUCCUCCUGCCGGUACUGGUGCAAGAACUCUUCCAACCAACUGUACUGCUGUGAGAACUCAGGGCAAGGAGCGAGUAAUGUGCAAGUGCACGCGGGAAGAUGUCCGGCCGUGCGUCCACAGUGCCCCGAUGCGCGCCAUCUUCCGCCCAAGACUUGCAGCAACGAUGGAUCUUGCAACUCGCAAGACAAGUGUUGCUUCGACAACUGCAUUCAAUUGCAUGUGUGCAAACCUGCCCUGAAAUGGUAA